GUUAAGACCCAUAUGAGUGUUGGCGAACAUGGGUAGACAUGGGCGGAGAUGACAUUUUAUGAAGAAACUCAGCCUAGACUCAGCCUAGACAAAACUAAAUAAAAUUCAUGUGCCAGCGGUAUUGAGAGACUUUCUCUGAAACGACAGUAUUUUUUCUCUUUUUAGUUUCUCAUUUUAAAUUUUCGCGCUACUCGUUUUAUUCCACCAUGACGCGCCACCAUUUAUUUUCAACAAUUAUCAAAUACCGGCAAUGUAUCAAAUAUUUCUACAGUUGAUUUUGCAAAACAAAUGAAUCACAUUUCGUCCCGCCAUUUUUCCACUUGCUUUCAUGGCUUAGGAGUGGGAGAUAAAUAUCUUCGAAACUAUUCUUUCUCGUUGUUUACUUUAAAUUCCUAUUUAUUUUAAUAAUCAAGAAAUCUAUCAAUCAUUUACUCAAGCUGACCGGUUAUUAUUCGUACAAAAUAACGCACAGAAUGAACAGAACUCCCGAAUCAAUGGAUUGGACUAGCAUCAAAAAAUCUUUCGGGCCUUCGAUUGCUAACCAUUUGGAAGUAAAUAAUUAUGUUCCCAUGGAGUCUAAAUGUGGGGCGUAUAUCUUGCCACAGAACAACAAGUUCAUUCUUGAUCAAUGGGUCAAAUUUGAAAAAGGCGCUAAGAAAGUGUCCAACAACAACCGUCAAUCAUCCGAGGACUUCUCGUUCUUACCCGAAACCCAUGAUCUGGACAGAAUGGACAACUUUUGUUUAUUUGAUGACUUCAGACGUUCAGAAAAGUAUGAAGGUUCCAACGAACCUGCACCAGAACAGAUACCACCUAGACCAAGCCCUCUAAGCGAUUUACUAGGUCCCAAUGCCAAUCCUCCAAGAAACCUCGAUGAGGCUGAAGACAGAGAAGCCAUGGGUUGCUUACUCAAGAUAAACAUUCACCGAAGAAAUUAUUAUUGCCAUAAAAAAUUUCAUGCAAGACCUAAAGAUCCGAGUUUGUUUAGUGAUCUCUUAGAUCCAGAUCUUUUUAUUUAUCCAAGUUAUGGUCCAUACAUCAAGGCUAUUCACGAUGCUUUCAUCAAAAGGCACUUGAAUUUCCAGUACAAUAUUUUACUGGACAGCAUUCCUCAAGACGAAUCUCUUUUUAAAGGAGAAUUGUCUAAAAAGCAAAUCAAAUACUUUUUUUCCCAAGUAUUUUAUCACGUUGUACCUAGCUCAUUGUUCGGCAGCUGUAGAAAUGUCAAAAAAAUUAAAUUAGAAAUGAAUCGUUAUCUUGAAGUCGCUAAAACAAAACCCUUUACUAUUCAACCGCUUGUAGAAAAAUUAGAUAUUGAUUCAGUAGAGUGGUUGUCCAAAGUGCAAUCUAAAUCAGGUAAAGCCCUGGUGUUUUGUCGGACAUUGAAAUGGUUCUUGUAUACAUUUAUCUGGAAUAUUAUCGACACUUAUUUUUUCGUUGAGAAUAAUAAAACUAGUAAGAAAAUGAUUUAUUUUCGCCGAUGGCUAAAGGGAUCAGUUGCCCUCAACUAUAUUUACGACCAAGUAACUCAAAAGGCUUAUGAGCCAAUGGAGAACCAAGAUGCUAAUGAAAAGAAUGGCAUAAUACCUGUUUCUAAACUAUAUAUCCAGUCCAAUGAAGACGGUGUGCGACCUGUGCUAUCAGCUUCGUGUAGUGAAAAACAGAAAGUUGCUGGUAAAAAAAUUAAUCUCUUACUGAAACAACUUUAUUUAAAGAACAAUGAGAUCAUAAACGAGCAUACGCUUGAUAAAAUCUGGAGAUCUGUAUGUGAAAUCCGAAAACUCGAUAAGACCAAACCAAUUUACUUUGUUUCCUGUCGCAUCAAUGACGCUUUUGGUUCAAUUAAUCAAGACAAAUUGCUGGACAUUGUCUUUGGAUUAAUAGAUGAUUUACCUGACAAAAUUCCUACUCAGUGGUUCGCAAUAAUAGAUCCAAAAAAUACAAAAAGCCGAAAUUAUACAGAAAAGGAGUUUAUAUCUCCGGAAAUUCUCCCGCCAAUUUUACCUCGUGGAGCUUUGUGUUGUCCUACAACUAAGACAAAUAAACCUCGUACAAUUAUUGGUAAAAAAAUUUUGAAGGCAUACAUCAAAGCUGCUGUGUUGGAACAAAAAAUUCGGUUUGGGACCCGAAAUUAUAGUUUAAAAAAAGGAAUCGCUCAAGGUUUACCGAUAUCUCGAACUCUUUAUGACUUUUAUUACAGUGAUAUGGUUGCAAAAGAAUUUUCACAUUUCACUAAAUUUGGUCAUUUACUUCGUUACCUUGAUGACUUUCUGUAUGUGACUGAAGAUAAAGAGCGAGCACAAGAAUUUUUAGAUAAAAUAAAAGCUGGUAUCGAAAGUUAUGGGUGUUCAUUCAACCCCGAAAAAACUAAAACAAAUUUACCACCCUACGAUAACAAUGAGUUUUAUUACUUAGGAUAUAAUUUAAAUGUUGAAACUUUGAAUGUUAAACCUAAUUACUCUAACAUAUCAUUGCAAUACAACAUAUUGAAUCGUAAGCCCCAGACUGGUGUACCAGACGACGUAUUUGUUACAAAGAUUGCGAGUUCAAAGUGGUUAAAAUUAUCCGCAAUGGUACUGAACCCUUGUAUAAAUUCCAAACAAGUCGUCGUUGAUAGUUUGAAAAAUGCCGCACGUCUAUCUGCCGAAAAAUGUUACCUUCUUCUAGUCAAUACCUACGACAUAGAAAAUUUAAACAAAGUAUCUAUAUUUAAAAUUUUUAACGAUAUAAAGAAAAACUCCCUCACGCCUGUAUUACAGAAAUGCAGAAUUUUGUUAACAAGACGUCGCCGCGAAUUCACAAUAAGAUUCGGAGUAUUGAAAUUUAUCUUUUGGAGCGCAUAUUUGAAGAUGUUCCAAAAAAAUGCACUCGUAUACCAAAAAUUUUCGAGACUUAUAAAAAGUCAAUUUCACGCAAAAUUAUCUACUUUAGUAUAUAACUAGUUUUCUUUUAUUACCUCUGUUUAAAAUUAAAAUAAAAAUAUCGAUGUGUUUAAAGUUUUUUUCAUAAAUAAAAAUCUUUCAGUAAAAUAAU